AUGGGUGACUACGACUAUCUGAUCAAAUUUCUGGCGCUCGGCGACUCGGGUGUCGGUAAAACGAGCUUCUUGCAUCGCUACACGGACAACUCCUUCAAUGGACAGUUCAUCUCGACUGUUGGAAUUGAUUUCAAGGAGAAAAAAGUGGUCUACAAAAGUGCCAAAGGCGGAUUCGGUGGGCGUGGUCAGCGUGUGUUGCUGCAGUUGUGGGAUACGGCUGGACAGGAAAGAUUCCGUUCAUUAACCACUGCCUUCUUCCGCGACGCGAUGGGAUUCAUUCUGAUCUUCGACAUUACCAAUGAGCAAUCGUUUUUGAACAUCAGAGAUUGGUUGUCACAACUCAAAGUGCAUGCUUACUGUGAGCAGCCAGAUAUCAUUAUCUGCGGAAAUAAGGGAGAUUUGGAGAAUCGACGACAAGUCAGCACCGCCAGAGCCAAACAGUUGGCUGAUCAGUUGGGACUCCCAUACUUCGAGACAUCUGCAUGCACUGGAGUGAACGUUGAGAAAUCAGUGGAUUGUCUUCUGGAUUUGGUGAUGCAAAGAAUUCAACAAUCCGUCGAGACGUCAUCUCUUCCACUAUCCGAAUGCCGUGGUGUCAGCUUGGAUGGCGAUCCAAACGCCUCUACUUCGUACUGCGCUAAUUGCUAA